CCCGUUUGUCUGUUCAUGUCCGGCACCUGCAUCAAAAACCUACUGGGAUGUAAAUUGGACACCGCGCAUAUCCCCUGACUUUUUGGGACCCCGGUACGACCCUUAUCGCACGGCCAGGUCCGUGACAAUACCGAGAAGCUCCCAUUUUUCCUUCGGUGCGUAGCAUCGUAAGCGCUAUGCCACCCAUCGAAAGAUGCCACCAAGCUGGCUCCACCCCAUCGAUCCAGUUCGUGCGAGUCAUGAAGUGCUGGAGAAGAUUUUCCAGAAGGAUCAUCACAUGCUUUUAUCGUGUUCGAUGACACUAAUCACAUCAGAUUCGGUAUUGGGGUUCAAGUUCGCGUGCAGUGUUCGACCUAUACAUUUUUUGAUAUACACUCAUCCUCGUACCUAA